UUGACAAACGAGAGACUUUGGCGGUUUUGUUGUGAAUCUUCAAUAAGAAUAAGUAAAACAAUAAAACAUGCCUCCAAAACGAAAAAACGGAGCUGGCGACUCGAAAUCACAAUCCAAGAAAAGGAAGAAGGCAGCUGAGGCGGAUUCUGAUGACUCUGAUAUCGAAACUGAGGGAAAUGGAGGGACGUUUGAUUACGAGAACAAUGAAACGUCUGAUGUUGACAUUCUACUUGAAGGUUCUAUGCUGGGAGGGGAACUGCUCAUUUGUGGUGGUACCAACUGGGAUCUUAUUGGACGCAAAUCAAUUCCAAAAGGAAUGAAAAAUCGUGGUGGACCGAAUCUGUGGGCACCACAUCGUAUUGGCCCCACCAAGGACAUCAAGAUGCGAACAGUUGUGUCAAACUGUGUGUCCUGUCACAGUGUCGCAAUAUCAUCGGAAGGAAAAGUCUACACGUGGGGGCGAAAUGACAAGGGCCAGCUUGGUCUGGAAAAUACUGAUAGAAUGGACGUCCCAAGCCUGGUGGAAGGUCUUAGUGGGAUGAACGUUGUCGACGCAGCCUGUGGACGAAAUCACACCUUGUUCUUAACAGACCGAGGAAAAGUGUUUGCCUGUGGUGAUAACAAAAUGGGUCAGCUAGGCUUAGGUCAUCAGAGUCCAUUUGUGGCAACCCCAACCAGAGUACACUACAAAGGUCCUCCAAUCCGGAAAGUGCGAUGUGGUGGUGAGUUUAGCACAAUGUCUGAUAUCCGUGGCAACAUGUACACAUUUGGAUGUCCAGAAUACGGACAACUAGGUCACAAUACUGAUGGUAAAUUCUUUGUGACGAGUAACAAGCUAUCCUUCAAGUGUGAACUGGUUCCCCGGAAGGUGAAUGUGUGGAUUGAGAAGACUCGAGACAAUCAUGUGGUUCCGGUAACCGACGUUGAAGUGCGCGACAUUGCGUGUGGAAACAACCAUGUGUUGGUGUUAGACUCAAGGAAGCGGGUUUUCAGCUGGGGAUUCGGUGGAUAUGGACGUCUGGGCCAUGCUGCACCUAAAGAUGAAUUGGUUCCUCGCCUACUGAAGAACUUCGAAGGACCGAACAGAGGAGCCAUUCAAAUACACGCUGGGUCUGCAUUCAGCCUGGCCGUCUCCGAAAUGGGUGCCCUGUUUUUGUGGGGUCAGACCAAGUCAACUGGGGAGGCGGCCAUGUAUCCCAAGUUGGUGCAUGAUCUGCAAGGCUGGAAAGUGCGCAGUGUAGGAUGUUGCAAUAGAAGCAUUGUGGUGGCUGCAGACGAGAGCACUGUUAGCUGGGGUCCCAGUCCAACGUACGGUGAACUAGGCUAUGGUGAGAAUAAGCCUCAUUCGUCAACUGUUCCGCAGGAGGUGAAGCCUCUCAGUGGCAUUUACAUUCAGAGCAUAUCAUGCGGCUUUGCACACACAUUACUGAUCGCGCGGAACGACACAGAGGCCGAGCAGGAGAAGAUCAACGAGUUACCCGUCUUUAAUCCAUGAUCUCAUUCCUGUGGUGUCAGUAGAUAGUUUUCAUGUACGUCUUUACUCGACAAAACCAUCGUGCAUUGUAUUACCUCAUAAACGCCAAAUUUCAUCGUCAUCAAAUUUAAGGUUGGGUGGUCCGUGUUCAGUUUUUCAUAUUUCUUUUCAACAUCACCUGUCCUCAUAACUAGUGUAUAUUCCCUACAGUUAGUAGACUGGUCCGAACAUCCCAACAGCCAAUGGGAUGGCUUAACUUCUUCUACUGUGUACCCCUUCCUGUUCCAGUUACGUGACUGUAACUUCCUUGUUUUUCCUUCACGUCUUACGGUUCGUACGUUCUUAUUUUCGCUUCAUCGUAAUCUGAGCCAUUUGGUUAUUUUACUAUGGUUAUUGUGACAAUUAUGUCUGUAACACAUUCUACAAUGUUGUUACUUUAUUACUGUACAAUUAUUUUGGUUGUAAUCACUUUCUUUAAAGUGUUGUGUGAAAAUUUUCAUUUUCCUGUGUGCCGGUCAAGAUCUAUGGUCGCCAUUUUUAAAAUGGUCGCUUCUUGUUUACCGGAAUUGUACAAACUUAUGUAUUUGAUUUUUCAUUACAGUUCUUCUCGUGUGGUGCGUUCUUGUAACAAAUGCAGGAAAUUCAUGGCACGAUAUCUGUCCUGGCUGCAAAUCACCAUAUGACUUAAGAGUCUCACUGUCUCUUGUGUUACCUUGGGGCCAACAGACUUGAGGCAUAACUCACGGUCCUUGCCCAGCGGGCCAAGAAAGUUGAGAUGGUUUCUGCUUCAUCUCCUCCUCAACCGUCUAUCAUCUAGUCAGUUGGUGCAGUUUUGAAGACUUGCUGCCUAGUAUGAUAGACCAUUGCAGUCACUACUGAGUCCGGUCCAGUGGUUACGGUUUCUGCUGAUGUGACGAUUCCUGUCUCGGCUCCAGCUACGGCUACAGCUCAAGCUACGGUAUUCACGGCCUCCGUACCUACAGGUGACACGGGUUCCAGGCCAGUCCAUGGGGACUUGCCAGCCUUGACUUGGAAGUCAACGUUUUCCAGAUUCAUAGCAGAACCUCUACGGAUCACCGGAGUCGGGAACAGAGUUGAUCCUCACAGAUAAUGGCUAGUUCCAACCGAUGUCACCGUUCCAGAAGUUUGGAGAAUCAAAUGUCACAGACUUCUACCGGUCCCAUUGCAACCGUUCACGGUCUCCUUGGCCUUCCAGUAUCGGCGAUCGACAUGCCUGUGCGAAAUUGUUACGUGAUAUCCUGAUGAUACAGUGGACCGGAUGACAAUGAAAGAUUGUCUUGCUAUCUGUUUUCUGCAGAUCAGCAACCACUUACAGCUUCCGUCACGGCACUUGCUGCAACCGUGUCUACAGGCGAUACGGUACCCGUGAAUCACGGGUCUCGUGUGACUGGACUGAGACGAUCAUCUCACAGGCGGCUGACGGUCCUGUCAGGACUGCGUUCCGGAUCAUCACGACUAUUCAGCGCAAUUGUUCAGCAUGUCUGUGCACUGUUUCCAUGUGCCGCUUCCAUGGAGCUGACGGGACCAUCCAUGAUUCAAUUCGCCUCGGCCCUGCAGCAUUGACUCACUUGUUCCUGGCUUCUAAGGAUUUUUGUUUUGGUUUCCUUUAUGACAUUCUUAACCAACGGUCAUCAAGACAACUUAUGACAGCAUACCUUUUCAGCUAUAAUGCUGUCACGAUUCCGGGACUUCAGGCCACUGUUAUUUCGUGUGACCCUACUCUGUAGCUUACAGGGGAUCCGAUGAACGGCACUGAUGGUAGACUCUGGUAAUUGGUCUACGGCGACUUCCACUCAGCAAUCAGUUCAAGAUAGAAGUCGACAGUUCUCAACCUAUCAUAGCGAGAAUGCAGCUGUCACUGGUAACCCUCUCCACGUUCAUCUGCGGGUCAGUCGUCCAUGAUGUUACUCAUCAACUGUUGAUCGUCAGUUCAUCACUGUCGCUGUUAAGGUGGAAGGAAGUUAUCUUUACUUCCCACCUUCGGAUCGGUUUGCAACUCCAGCUACAGUUCAGUUACAGCUUUCGGUUACCAUAUCAACUCAGCAAGUUGCGGUAAACCUAGCUACACGGUCUUCGACAUGCCGGCGUUUGCGGGAAUGAAAAUUACAGGUGUUACGGUUUGGGACUGACGACAGUACACUGGGCCAGUCAACUUUUGAUGCUGAUUUGGAACCCCAUGCAGAAUACUUUGGACUGUUCCACUAUUCAUCUGUUGAUCAGUGACGUUGAAGAUAUUUGGUGAAUCGAUCACUGCAUCCAUUGGUGCCCAGAAGUUUGCAACUUGAUUGUCACUUUUGUUGUCUCCAGAAGUUGUCAGCGCUAGAUCCGUUGAGUUUCCACUUGGACAGCUGCCUCCUGGAAUUUCAACGGAUCGGUACAUUGGCGGCCGGCAACAAUCACUAGUUGACGUCAUGCGGCUUCGGGGUUUUACCGCAUCCAUUUUUUUACGGUCUAUUGCAGAUUAUCAAACCAUUGUCAGCGUUCAUGUACGAUACAGAGAAGAUCGUCUUUUUGCUGCUUGCCUAGUAUCAGUCAUUGGGACUGUCCUGGAUACCAACCAUCCUGGAUACCAACCGUACGAUAUUUGCUUCCACUGUCAGAUUCCUACCGGUCCUUGGGGAGAUGACUUGUGCAUCUUCGGAGUACGGAACCCUCCACCAUCUGUCAAAUGCUGCACUAAUUAUGAGGACAGGUGAUGUGAAAAGAAAUGGAGAAAACUUGGAGUGUUUUCUCUUUUAUAGAUACAUCACCUGUCCUCAUGGGAUGAUUCCCACCCGACCUCCCCGCUUCCAGUUCACCGUGCAAUCUGCUCAGGGAAAAGAAGGAAAUUACAAUCACGUGACUGGGACAGGAAUGGGUGUGCAGUAGAAGAAUUUAGGCCAUCCCAGUCUACUAACCGUAGGGAAUAUGCACUAGUUAUGAGGACAGGUGAUGUAUCUAUAAAAGAGAAAACACUUUUCUCCAAUUUUGUUGGUGGCCGACUGUUUCAGUAGCAGACUAAUGUUUUUACUGGGGUGCGACCUGCAUCCCUCGUUGGAAUAAAUAGCACUUCAUCUCCGACACUGGUUCGUUUCGGUGUGAUUUUGACUCAAGGGUUUUUCAAAAACGAAAGUCAGAAAUAGGGAACUAUUGCCUGAUGGGCUAAUUAUAGCACCCCCAGUUUUGUUAGGACACAAUAAUUUAAAGAAAUAAACGAAACCUGGUGCCAUACAGCAAGGCAUUGUUCUUAUUCACUUUCCCAUACAGGAUUAUUAGUAGUAUAUUAGUUUUAUGACCACAGUAUAAAACUCUUAAAAAUCCUUUACAAAACCAAAACAGUCGCAAAAAGUAAUCUUUUAACAAGUCAUGGAGUUUAGUUGACAACAAAUUGUGUGAACCUUGCUUACUGAAAGCCCUCUUUCAUAAUACUCAUAACCAUUAAUAAAAACAGUUACUGUUGUGGGACAUUCAAGCUUACUAAACUGUGCAUUAUAUCUGGAAAUGAUUUGUAACAUGAUCUUGUGUUUCAGGAGUUGUGUACAUUAUGAUGGAUAAUUUUAAUAUAGCAAGUACAAAAAGAAAUUUUGAAAAGCAGUGUUGUUGCUCCAUAAAAAAGCAUUAUUGAAUAAAUUUGAUUGUGUUGUUUAAUUGUGGGACCAAACAAGACCAAUGUGAAAUGUGCUAGCUGAAUUAUUAUGAAGCAGAUUCACCGACCGACAGUGAGAACUGGGUGAUUGUGCUGUAAACUGUAAUGCUAGUAAAAUGCUCUUUUAGCUUUUAAUUGGCAUCUGUGUAAACUGGCACAAUUUGAAAGUCAUGUCCAAUGACAGUAUUUUGGGUGAAAUGGCUCGAAUCCAACACCCUGUGUAUUUCCGCACCCUUCGUAGGUUCCUCUUUCCAUUCAGACAAGAGUCCACUGUAUAUUUGGAAUUAUGAAAUAAUGCGGAUUCAGUGAAAAAAGCUAAUAGAAUGUUCCAGUCUGAAGUUAUUUGCAUGAUAAUCACUGUUCUGUUUGUAUAUAUGUCAUCCUUUUAACUAUCAAAUACUUUCUUAUUGUUUUUCCAAGUGAAUAUUAAAUAUUAACUGUUGUAUUAGGUGCCUUUUUUAGUGGAAAAGUGAAUGUCAUUUUAUUAAGACGUAUUUCUAAUAUCAUUUUGCAUUGUGUAUUUUUGAGGGUUUACCAUCCAUACUGGUUUUGAAUACAUCACUGUGACCGCUUACUAAACCUGAAACUGUCUGUAACAGCAGCUGAAUGAAAUCAAAACCAAUAGUGUUACGGUUUGUCAUCUUUCACAAACAUAUUUACUGUAGCAGUAAAUUCUAGCAGUAGCAACAUUACUUUUGAUAUAGGUGUUGAUUUGUUCAGCAUAUCAGUGUUGGGAACGACUAGCUGAAAGUGUUUUACAGAUGGCAGUGAUGUGAUCUUAUUUCAUGUCUUGUUACGCGGGACAUUUUGCUUUGUAAACAAAAAGUUUAUUUUGUUUAACAACGCUACUAGAGCACAUCAGCUAUUGGAUGUCGGACAUUUGGUAAUCCUGACAGUCUCAGAGGAAACCUGCUAUAUUUUCCCGUUAAAAGCAAGGGGUCUCUUGUAUGCACUUUCCUACAGACAGGACAGUACAUACCAUGAUCAGUUGUAGGGCACUGGUUGAAAUGAGGAAAACCCAGUCAGGGAGGUGAGCAGGUCAUCCUAGGACCCCAGCACCUCACAAGCUGUACUGACAGCUAGAUCCUCCUUGUCUCUCGUAUUGUAACAUUUAACGACAUCACUAGAGUGCAUUGAUUUAUCCGACUGACAGGAUAGCAAAUACUACAGCCUUUGAUAUACCAGUUGUGGUGCACUGGCUGGAACGAGAAAUAGCCCAAUUUCACCAAUUGAUCCCAAGUUGACCGCAUAUCAAGCAAGCACUUGACCACUGGGUUACAUCCCGCCCUUGCAUUGUAACAAAUGCUGUUGUAUAAAUGUAAAAGUUUGCUGGUUUUGACUUUUAUUCACAACUUAAUUUUCUUUCUUUUUAUUUUAUUAAGUUAAUGAUAUUAUUCCUCCCCAAUGCAGAUUUUGAUAAAAAAGUUACAUUGACAGAGUUAACCAAUCCUAAUAUGUGUACCUGUAUCCCAACGUGUGGGACCUCAAGAACUGGGAGGUUUUGCAAGAUCGAAUAUUUAAAAAAUAGUUAUUAAAAUGGUGUUCAGAUUAUUUUUAAACUGUACAGUUUUCCCACAUUUUCCUUAAAUACAGAAGCAAAGAUUUAAAAUAGUACAUGUAUCUUGAUGAGGAUAAUGUAUUUUACUUUGUGUUACAAAUUAUUUUAUAGAAAUAGACUUGGGUAUAAUGCAGCAUAAUACAUGCUUUGUUCUAACAUACCAUUGCAUCAUCAACUGGGUUCAUAUAUUCGAAACUCUCAGCACUACGAUAUCAUAAAACCGUCAUAAGUUAUGGCUAGUAUAGUAAUGAAGACGUAUCUUAUAACGGUUUUACAAUAUUGUAGUGGAAAGAUAGCUUUAAAAAAAAAUGUAUCCAGGCUGGUAGCUAGUUGAUUUGCAUCCCAGUACUAGCUAAAACCCUGAGUGAGUUUUCACAGCUCAGUGGGGAGGUGUACGGCCAUGACGACCAUUUCUCCACCAGUAACUAACCAAUGACCCCUGGACAGAUAGCCAUUAUAAGCCCACCAAUAACUAACCAAUGAUCCCCGGACAGAUAGCACAGUUAUAAGCCUACCAAUAACUAACCAAUGAUCCCCGGACGGAUAGCCCAGUUGUAAGCUCACCAAUAAUCAACCAAUGAUCAACCAAUGAUCCCCGGACAGAUAGCCGUUAUAAGCCUACCAAUAAUUAACUAAUGAUUCCCAGACAGAUAGCACAUUUGUACGCCCACCAAUAACCAACCAAUGAUCCCGGACAGAUAGCACAGUUGUAAGCCCACCAAUAACCAACCAAUAACCAACCAAUGAUCCCGGACAGAUAGCAGUUGUAAGCCCACUAAUAACUAACCAAUGAUCCCCGGACAGAUAGCACAUUUGUACGCCCACCAAUAACCAACCAAUGAUCCCGGACAGAUAGCAGUUGUAAGCCCACUAAUAACUAACCAAUGAUCCCCGGACAGAUAGCACAGUUGUAAGCCCACCAUUAACCAACCAAUGAUCCCAGGACGAAUAGCCCAGUUGUAAGCCCACUAAUAAUCAACCAAUGAUCCCCGGACAGAUAGCACAGUUGUAAGCCCAGCAAUAACCAACCAAUGAUCCCCGGACGGAUAGCCCAGUUGUAAGCCCACUAAUAAUCGACCAAUGAUCCCCGGACAGAUAGCCGUUAUAAGCCCACCAAUAACUAAUGAUCCCCAGACAGAUAGCACAUUUGUAAGCCCACCAAUAACCAACCAAUGAUCCCCGGACAGACAGAUAGCAGUUGUAAGCCCACUAAUAACUAACCAAUGAUCCGCAGACAGAUAGCACAGUUGUAAGCCCACCAAUAAUUAACUAAUGAUCCCCAGACAGAUAGCACAUUUGUAAGCCCACCAAUAACUAACUAAUGAUCCCCGGACAGAUAGCAGCCCACUAAUAACUAACCAAUGAUCCCCGGACAGAUAGCACAGUUAUAAGCCCACCAAUAAAUAACCAAUGAUCCCCGGACGGAUAGCCCAGUUGUAAACCCACCAAUAAUCAACCAAUGAUCCCCGGACAGAUAGCCGUUAUAAGCACAUCAAUAACUAACUAAUGAUCCCCGGACAGAUAGCACUGUUGUAAGCCCACUAAUAACUAACCAAUGAUCCCCGGACAGAUAGCACAUUUGUAAGCCCAGCACAGCUUUACUGUAAGCAAGCAAGCAUGCAUUGAAUUGUUGAGCACUACGGUGAGGAAGACCAACAGGUAUAUAUUUUUAUGUUUAGCCAUCAGAAUGUUUGAAUAUCGUACACACGCAGUCGCUAAUCUAGGUCACAAAACUGUAUAAAUAUGCUACUAACACCGGAAUCCGGCUCCUCUGUUUAGUGUAACAGUAUGUUUGUGUUUUCUACAGCUGAGACUCGUUUUAUCAAGACUGUUAUCUAUGCAUGUUAGUAACGGUAGUAAAACAGUAGUAAAAACAAUCUAGUGAGGCAGUUGUUUUUACUCUGCUUUAGGAAACGAUGUGCAAUGGGCAGGAAAGAGCAGAUGUAAGUAACAUCCUGUAGUGAAAUAAUUAAGAAUAUUUCAAUAUGGACAAUUCAGAUAUUAUAUAAGGCUAUUUUAGUCAAAAUUAGAGAUGUCUCCCUCCUUUAUGGGUUGGAACAUGCACCCUCCACAAGAAAUAUGUAACACUCAUUACAGCAUUUCAUCUUGAUUUAUAAUUGUUUUGUGUGUAUACAUUAAGCUAUAACAAGCUAUUUCGGUGUCCCUCAACUCCUGAGCAUUACUUAACUCUUGAAUGGUCUCUAUACUGUUUGUAUUCAAUUUAGAUUCAAGAAAGACGAUGCAGUAGUUUGCAUAUCAAAAUAAACCAGUCUACAGAGUCUAGUCCCAAUGAAAUCGGACCUCACACAAGAAAGAUAAACUUUACUACGUGUAUAUGGAUGUAAAAUAAUCAAUUAGUGUUUUUGUUCAUUUUAGUAUUAUUCUGUUCAUGUUAGACUAUAAUUCAUUAGUGCACAUAAUUUCUCUUUGGUGUUUUAACAUGACUUAUAUACUACAUGUAAGUACUGUUUGUAUUCGAUGUUCGAAUAUACCAAAUGUACUAGAUGCAAUUGUUUGCAAUAAAGUUUGGUGCAUUGUA